AUGACUGAAAUUGAAAGUCUUCGUCAAGAAGCUGAAUCGCUCAAAAAUCAAAUUCGAGAUGCUCGUAAAGCAGCAUGUGAUGCUACAUUACUACAAGUGGCACAAAAUGUCGAUCAAAUUGGUCGAAUUCAAAUGCGUACACGUCGAACACUACGAGGGCAUUUGGCCAAAAUUUAUGCCAUGCAUUGGGGAUCUGAUGCGAGAAAUUUAGUAUCUGCAUCUCAAGAUGGAAAACUGAUUGUUUGGGAUUCCUAUACAACCAAUAAGGUUCAUGCUAUACCACUUCGUUCAUCUUGGGUGAUGACAUGUGCUUAUGCGCCAUCCGGCAACUUUGUUGCCUGUGGUGGUUUAGAUAAUAUAUGUUCAAUUUAUAGUUUGAAAACGCGUGAAGGAAAUGUACGUGUUAGUAGAGAAUUACCGGGACAUACGGGUUAUUUAUCAUGUUGUCGUUUUCUUGACGACUCACAAAUUGUCACAAGUUCAGGAGAUAUGACAUGUUCACUAUGGGAUAUUGAAACCGGUCAACAAACAACAAGUUUUCAAGGGCAUACAGGUGAUGUUAUGUCAUUGUCAUUAUCUCCAGAUAUGAAAACAUUUGUAUCCGGUGCUUGUGAUGCAUCGGCGAAGCUUUGGGAUAUACGUGAAGGCAUGUGUAAACAAACGUUUCCUGGACAUGAAUCCGAUAUUAAUGCCGUUACAUUUUUUCCGAAUGGUAGUGCUUUUGCAACAGGAAGCGAUGAUGCCACUUGCCGUUUAUUUGAUAUAAGAGCUGAUCAAGAAAUAGGCAUGUAUUCACACGACAAUAUUAUAUGCGGUAUAACAUCAGUGGCAUUCUCAAAAUCUGGAAGAUUAUUGUUAGCUGGUUAUGAUGACUUUAAUUGUAACGUAUGGGAUACAUUACGUCUUGAACGUGCAGGUGUGUUGGCUGGCCAUGACAAUCGAGUUAGUUGUCUAGGUGUAACAGAAGAUGGUAUGGCGGUCGCAACUGGAUCAUGGGACAGUUUCUUAAGGAUCUGGAAUUAA